UUUAUUUAUUUCAAGCCUUCGUGAACAUAAAACGGAACUAAGUAAACAAAAGCCAUAUAGCAAAUUGUGACGUAAUGACUUGUGCGUAGACCUUUUUUGCAAUUCUUUUUGUGUUGUGAAUGUUUCUAUGUUAAAAAAGCUCCUAAAAUCACUGGGGAUUUGUUUGUACAGCUACAUGUCCUAGAUAAAUCUUGGAGACAAUACACUGGUUGACGUGCUGCAACAUUUCAUCAUUAGGGUUUUUCCUUUGCCCUGAGGAUGUGUGGAUAACGACAGUUGUCGACAUUACCAGAGAAAGAGCGUGUUUUAUUGUGCUCUAAGUUGGGUCAAAAAGGAUUGCCCAAGAUUGUGCAACCUUUGCAGUGUUUGCGAGGAUUCUAUAAUGUCAUCAAUUUGCAGUAAUUACAAGAACAGAGGCUUGUGCAAGAAAAACAGUUACAUCAAGUUGGUUUGUAAAAAGACUUGUGGGAUGUGUGGGAACCCAUCGUGUAUGGACGAAAUAUCUUCAACAAGAUGCGUAUUUCAUAAAACAAUAGGCAACUGUAAAACUAACUCGUGGAUUCAAAAGAAUUGUAAACACACUUGCGGAUUGUGCGGCACCACACCAACUUCAAAAACAACAACAACUACAGCACCCACUAAAGUUACUAGACCAACUACUGACCAGAGAAAGACGACAGUUAAAGUGUCAACUUCAACAACAACAACUUUAAAACCAACAGCAACGAAACAAACUGGAAGACCAAGCACUGCACCUCCUGGCACCUGUGGAAUUUCCUCUGUAGCUAGUGGACGGGUUAUUGCCGGUGAAGAUUCAAAACAGGGACAAUGGCCGUGGCAAGUUGCCAUGCAAAAGUAUGGUCGAUUUUUCUGUGGUGGCUCCCUGAUUGCGCCAGAUUGGGUUUUGACAGCAGCGCAUUGCGUGCAGCAAACAUCCGAAAGCUCUCUUAAAAUUAUCGCAGGUGACCUCCAUCGUUCGAAAACUUCUGGAAUGGAACAAACUGCGAAGGUGAAGUUGAUUAUCUCGCAUGCGCAAUAUCAAAAACCAACACCGCUAAAUCAUGAUAUUGCGUUAAUUAAGUUAUCAAAUGCGUUCAAGUUAAACGACAACGUACGUACAGUUUGUUUACCAAAGCAAGGUGGACAUGUUGCUGUUGGAAGCCAAUGUUACAUAUCAGGUUGGGGAAAAGUUAGUCACCCAGGAAGUUCCACGAAUAAGUUACAACACGCAGCUUUACGAAUCAUCAGCAAAACAGAAUGCAAACAAAAGAACUCCUUCUACACACCAAUCACAGACCAAAUGUUAUGUGCAGCGAACAAAGGAGCACGCCAGUCAGGUUGCCAUGGUGAUUCUGGUGGUCCUUUUGUUUGUAAGGAGAAAAAUGGAGUGUGGACAGUGCAUGGUGCUGUGAGUUGGGGCUCACCACAAUGUGAUAUUCGGGAUGCUAAUACAGUGUUCGCGAGAGUGGCAGCAUUGAGGAAUUGGAUCGAUGUGCAAAUGAAAAAGUAUAAGGAUUUGUAAUUUACAGUGUAGUAAAAAUCAUUUAGUCGCUGUAUUCCGUUUCUUAUUUUAUUUGAAAUGUGGUCAUUGAACCAAUCCACAUGA